AUGUUCAUAGUCCAAUGGUCCUUGGUAUAUUCCUUCCUAUGAAGAGCAAGCUUUCAUAUUUUAUAAGAAGCAUUCGACUCCAUUUCUAAAUACUGGACUCCAAGUGGGUCCAAAAAUAUCAAAAGACCUUUGAUAUUUUUUUAACCUUAGGACCCCUACUUUCCGGAGAAGAUGCCUACGAAGAAGAAAACACUGAUGUUUUUAUCCAGCUUCUUUACAAGCUUCGGGUCAUUCAUCGUAGUCUGCUCCAUGCUCGGGACUCAAGAAUGGGUCAGCAGUCAAAUUGCCAUCAGUGACUCGUCUUCAAACGGUAGUCUUGUUAUCACCUAUGGACUUUUUCAAGGCAAGAGUCACCAAGAAUUCAGUCAUGGACUUGAGGAAUCACAAAAAGGCUUUGAAGUUCUAGAGAAGUUGAACAAUUCUUCCCGAAGAACGCUGCACCUGGUGGCCGUCCUGCUGCUGGUGCUCAGCCUGUGCACGUCGCUGCUGAGUUCCGGGUUCACCUUGUACAACAGCAUCAGCAACCCCUACCAGACGUUCCUGGGGCCCAUGGGCGUGUACACCUGGAGCGGCCUUGCUGCGUUGUUCGUUUUCCUGACCAUGAUACUCUUCGUGGCCAACACACAAUCCAAUCAUCUCUCGGAAGAGCUGGCCCAGAUGCUGUACCCGCUGUAUCCAACAACCACCUACAGAGGAACGACCCACAGCUACGGUUACUCGUUUUGGCUCACGCUCCUCGUCAUUCUUCUAAGUGUUGUCACCGUGGUCAUCAUCGUUUUCUACCAGAAGGCCAGGCACCAGCGGAAACAGGAGCAGAGAAAGCCAAUGGAAUACGCUCCCAGAGAUGGAAUUUUAUUCUGAACUCUAUGUUACGUUGUCUCGUCAUUAUGUCUAGUCUGUUGUACGUCAGCCCCCGAGAGGUUACUGGCUAGCUUGUCUGGACAAUCCGCAUGGUUAAGGGCAGCCCUGGUUGGCUGUCACUUUGUGAUGGUUUUGUAUCUCGUGACGCUCCUUAAAUGAUGUACCCUUGACCAGGUUUCUUCCCUCUAGGGUGGGGAAGAGGAAAGGGAAAUGUCUGCAGGCCAUGCAGCGUUCAAAGCAGUAGAAUGAUUCCAAGACCAUGGAUCCUUCCAGCCCGGUCUCACUCCCUAAGAUAAUAAAGGUUUGUGGUACACACCUUUACUUUAAGUAGUUCAAAGCACCUUAGCACCUAGGAUCUCCUCCUCAGGAGGGACCAGGUAUUUUUUAUUCCACUGUCUGAACAAAGACUUUCAGGUACAGAGGGAUUCAGAACUCAUCUUUCCAGGACCAGGUGUUGGAGGCAAAAGGUGGGUGAGACUUUGGGGUAAAUUCCCUGGUCCCCGGGACCCCUAGUUGCUGACAUAAUUCAAAACCAGUGGCGGGUAGGAGUAUUGAUAUAUGACCUGCAAACCCAUUUUUGAGGUGGCAGGGUGCAGUUUUUAUAUGGAAAAGACUAGGAAGUGAGAGGAUUAAGAAAGACAAAAAUUAUAGCCCUGCAGCCUUCACACUAGGGAAGCUAAAUGUAUUUUUGGUUUAGAAGGAUUGUGGUGAAUUAGUCAAAACGAAAAUGUCACAUUGCAACAAGUUCUGGUAACCGACCCUUUGCCGUUGACACAGUCUGGUUGCCUGGAUGGGAGUGUGUCAGCCCCAGCAGAAUCCGGCCCAGCCAGAGGCCAAUAAAUGGCUUAGAGCACCGUGGCCUGCCGGCAUUCCCCGAGUCGAGGCCAGGGCAGACGCGGAACACAGAUGCUGGUUUGCCCUCUAGAACAGGUGGAUAGAAUCGAUUCACAGUCUCAUGAGAACACAACAGGCAACUAGGAAAUUUUUGGAGAGCUCCCAAAUGGAUUAGACCUACUUUGCCAGUACGAUAUUCUUCCAGAACAUCCCUUUGAGGAUCUUUUGAGCUUGAAUAUCCCACUAGUCAGUCAGAGUGAACACGGACAGGAUUCGAAAUAAUAACUCUGUCAUGUCUUGAUGUAACCAAAGCCAAACAGAGCAGAAGUCUCUCGGUGUAGUUUACAAAAUGUCGUGUCUUUGGACGGAAAGGUAUAUCCUUUAUGAAGCUAUUAGGGAUUCUUGACCUUCUUGUCUACUGUUUUUUCACAAUCUGUCUUAGAAAUAAUAUUUUUUCAUUCAAGAAACAUGAAUUGAAUACCUGUGAUGUGAUCAGUCCUGUGCCAACCGGGAUACCUGCCCCCCACGGAGCUUACUGUUGAGAAGUCAAGACAGACAUUGCAAAAGCAGGUGUUACAUUCCACUUAAAACAGGUACUUAGUCACAAAACUGUGCUCAUUCUCUGAAAAGUCAGUUCUCUAUAACCACCCACCCCAAAGUCAAGGUUACUCCAAUAAAUUAACUUGUGCAACUUUGAGCGCAUUAAAAAUAUGAUUCUCAACAGUGAAAAUGUUCUAAAUUCUUUGAAGCUAAAAACAUUUAUGCUCUUUGAAGGUUUAAUUUUAUACCAGAGUGUGAUAAUGCAGGCAAGUCAUGGAAGAGAAAACAGAUAAGGGUAACAAAUCCAUGCAAAUGGAUUGCUAACUAGGCAGGCACCCCCACCAUGUCUUGGUGCAAAGGACAUUAUAGGAUAUAAAGACUGCAUUUAUUCAUCUCAACGUUUGAGCAGAGCCUGGUUUCGUUAGGGGACAAAGUAUCUCAAUCCUUAAAUCACAGAUGACCUAUGAGGAACCAUUCAAAACAGGAAUCUAGUACAGGGAACUAGCUUGCACAAUUCUGGAGAUAAAGAGCAUGGCUCUCCCACUAUGUCUGAGGUAGAAGGUAAUGAAACUGUGUGUGUGUUCUUUAGAAAUCUUCUUAAGGAAGAACAGAGUUUGCAGACCACUCUUGGACAUAGACGUAAUUCGCUGUUCAAAAAUCACUUAACAUUGGGACGCCUGGGUGGCUCAGUCGGUUGAGCGUCCAACUUCGGCUCAGGUCAUGAUCUCACGGUCUGUGAGUUCGAGCCCCACGUCAGGCUCUGUGCUGACAGCUCAGAGCUUGGAGCCUGCUUUGGAUUCUGUGUCUCCCUCUCUCUCUGACCCUCCCCCGUUCUGCUCUGUCUCUCUCUGUCUCAAAAAUAAAUAAACAUUAAAAAAAAUAAAAUUAAAUUAAAAAAAAUACAAUAAAAUCACUUAACAAAUGUG